AUGAGUGCUCUUCCCCGUCUUGCGAAAGACGCUCCUCCCGUCAGCAUCAGCGCCCCCGCUGCAGCUGUCGACAUCGCCACCGACCAGCCUCGUCACGACUCGACCUCCUCAAGCCUCGCCGAUGAAGACAAGAAGUCUAACGACGAUCUCACCUGGUCACCGACGAGCCACAGCAAUGCCGAGUCGCUCAUCGACGACGUCAAUGCGCCCCUCAGCCGCACUCACGUCUUCCAAGACGAGAAAGUCGCCGACCACUGGCGCCAACUUUACGAGACGACCAAGUACGAAAACCGUCAUCGAUUCGACCCCUCGUUCGAAUGGACGUCCGAAGAGGAGGCCAAGCUGGUGCGCAAGAUCGACUACCGCAUCCUCGCUUGGAGUUGGGUCAUGUUCAUGUCGCUCGAUCUCAUCCGCAAGAACAUCAACCGCGCCCUCGCCGACAACUUCCUCACCGACAUCGGCAUGAACCAGAACGACUUUAACAACGGUAACAUUGUCUUCCUCGCCUCGUUCUUGAGUGCAGAGCUGCCCUCGGGUCUCAUUUCCAAGAAGCUCGGAGCAGAUAUUUGGGUGCCCGUCCAGAUCGUUUCCUGGUCCGUCAUUUCUGCUUCGCAAGCCGCUCUCACCAACAAAGCUGGCUUCUUCAUCUGUCGUUGCUUGCAAGGGCUUGCUCAGGGAGGCUUCUUACCUGACCAGAUCCUCUACCUGUCAUAUUGGUAUACAAGCAAAGAGCUGAACACGAGACUGAGCUGGUUUUACACCGUACUUGGUCUCAGUCAGAUCGUAGGAUCGCUUUUGGCAGCCGCAAUUCUUCAGUUGCGCGGUCUGAAUGGUCUCGCGGGCUGGAGGUACCUCUUCGGCUUCGAGGGCCUCAUCACAGGCAUCAUCGGCAUCAUCUCUUUCUUCCUGCUCUCGCCCAGUCCUACCAACACGAAAGGUAUUUUGCGCGGCAAGAACGGAUGGUUCACUGAGCGCGAAGAAAAGAUUCUCGUCAACCGCGUUCUCCGUGACGACCCCUCCAAGGGUGACAUGAACAACAGAGAGGGUCUUACGCCCCGCGCACUCUGGAGGGCCCUCGGCGAGAAGGAUCUCUGGCCCGUCUAUCUGCUUGGUCUUGUGGUCUUCCAGCCUUAUGCGCCGCCAACCACGUACCUCUCGCUCAUCCUCAAGCAGCUCGGAUUCAGCACUCUCAAGUCGAAUUUGCUGGCCAUUCCGUCGCAGUUCUUCUUCGCUUUCAACACCGUCUGGUACACGUGGCUUUCGGCCCGGCUCAACGAACGUGGUUUCCUUGCGUCGCUCUCCAACGUGUGGAACAUCUCGUUCCUCAUCCCGCUCUACCUGCUCAAACACUCCUCGACGACGCACUACAACUGGAUCCGCUACGCGCUCAUCACCUGUCUCACGUCCGUACCCUACUGUCAUCCGUUCCUGAUCGGUUGGGUGUCGCAGAACUCCAACUCGGUGCGCAACCGCGCCGUCUCGCUGUGUCUGUACAACAUGUCGGUUCAAGUGGGCUCCAUUCUGGCGACCAGGAUCUACACCAACGAAGACAAGCCGUACUACGCCAAGGGCAAUCUGGCCCUCAUCUCCCUCGCCGCACUCGGCAUCGUCCUUUCUUGGGCGGUCAAAGGAUACUACAUCUGGAGGAACAACCAGAAGAAACGCAUCUGGGAGAGCAUGUCCGCCGACGAACAGUUGCAGUACAAGCUCACCACCAAGGAGGAGGGCUCCAAGCGACUCGAUGUUCAGUUUGUUCACUAG